AUGGACAAGUCCGACGUCUCCCAUGUCGAGAUUGCCCAUGACGUGUCGCUGUCUGGACAUCCAGGAGAUGGACAAGUUGAGCUCCUGCGUGGAGGUGAAGUGGUGCUGAUCCCAACACCAUCGGCCGACCCUAGAGAUCCUUUGAACUUGCCUGCCUGGCGUAAAUGGGUCUUACUCGUCCUCGUCUCCGCCUAUAGUUGCACAGCUGUCGUCCUUGCCUCUGGAAUGGGAUCGAUCUUCACCGCCGUCGAAGCGUCCUACCCAGGACAAGAAGCCCGCGCCAACGACCUCAUGACCUAUCCGACACUGUUCAUGGGUAUUGGAAACCUGAUUUCUAUGCCCUGGGCCUUUACCUGUGGCCGUCGACCCGUUUUCCUCGCGUCGAUGCUCCUGCUCAUCGGGGCUGGCAUUUGGUGUCAAUGCUCGCAAAGCUUGGGAAGUCAUAUCGCUGGCCGGAAUAUCAUGGCUCUUGCUGCCGGUCAAAGUGAAGCGUUGAGCCCAAUGAUCGUCCAGGAGAUCCACUUCCUGCACGAGCGUGGUCGAAAGGUUGCCUGGUUCAUCUUCAUCCAGAACAUUACUUGCGGUGUAUUCUUCGUCGUUUCCACCUACAUGGUCAGUGCUUGGGGAUGGAGAUGGUGGUACGGCUUCUUCACAAUCAUGAACUCGGUGAUCUUCGUCUUUUCAGUGAUCUUCGUCUCCGAGUCUUACUGGGAGCGAUCAGACGCGGCCAUGCGUGGGGAGUCGCUGCCCGAAUCCAAGAUCGCGGGCGCGCCCGGUACCGAGGAAGGCGAGCAGUACGCUCCCCGUCGCUGGGCUGAUGAUAUCAAACCCAUGGCUGUGAAGAACCCCCGUCUGCGUGAUAUCCCGACUUUCUACAAGCAAAUACUGCAGGGCUUUUGUAUCCCAACCAUCUUUUGGCUUCUGUUGCUGAACGGUGCCCACCUCGGUGUUUACGUCUUCCAGGCCUCCACCUUCGCAUCCAUCCUGAUGAGUCCUCCGUAUUCAUUUGCCUUCCAGGCUCUGGGCUACGUUCAAGCUGGACAGUUAGUUGACUGUCUCAUCUUCUUGCCGCUUCUGGGCUACGGAAGCGACCUCGUGAUUAAAUACUUUAGUCAUCGCAAUGGAGGCCUCUACAAGCCCGAAUACCGUCUGCCCGUCAUCGCCAUCCCCGCCAUUGUCGGCGUCGUCUGUGGAAUCAUUUACGGAGAGGCUGCUGCGAACCCGGAGAAAUGGAGCUCGGCAGCAAUCGUCGUUAGCUACAAUGCUAGUUACUUUGCGUUCUUGGGCGCAAAUAUCGUUGGCAUUACCUACGCCGUGGAUAGUUUCCCAACCCGCGCUGCACCCUUAUUGGUUGUUGUUUGUGCGGGACGAGGUUUCAUUUCCUUCGGCCUGAGCUAUGCUACGUUGCCUGCUAUUUCUACCCUUGGGUACGAUGGUAGCAUGAUUGUUGAGAUGGUCAUUUGUGGUGUAUUGGCGCUUCUCGCUAUCCCGGUGUUCUUCUUGGGCCCUCGUAUCAGACGAUUUGCUCAGAAGUGGUGCAGUGAUGAUGACAAGGUGAACUGAGGAAUGAACUGAGU